AUGUUUUCAAUCUCUUCUGUCUCAAUUCACAUUGACCCACUCUACAGAAAGCAAGUUUAUGCCUCUGGUGACAUUAUAAAAGGUACCAUUCAAUUGAAUGUCCCGAAAGACAUAUCUUUGAAAGGUAUUGAUGUAAAGUUGGAAGGGAUCUCUAAAGCUACUGCAAAAUUCCGUAAAAGGCAUACCCAUGAGAACAACAAGUAUAUCUGGAUUACUGAAACUCAUCGAUUCUUAUUUCAUGAUGACAAAGUAUUUCCUCCCAAAAAUAUUCAAGCUGUGACCCAUGCUACGGAGUUUGAUCUGAUAGCAGGAGAGUACUCCUAUCCCUUCGAAUUUGUCCUCCCCGACACAUCCAAUUGUUACAGGAAACCGUUGGUUGAAUUGGCUGAUAGCUAUGGUAGAGCAUGUAAUAAGCAUUACUAUGGCUUUGUAGCCCAUAAAAAUUGUUAUCUGCCUCCCAGUUUCUCGUAUCGAGAUGCUAACAUCAAGUAUUUCAUCAAAGUGACGGCUCGAAGAAGUGCAUUAUUGAAAGCCAACUUGAGAGAGAUUGUCCCUUUUGUUUUCCUACCUGAUGAUUCCUUGAUCUCUCGAGAUGUACCAGUAGGAACACCGGUUUAUGCAAAGAAGGUCAUUGACUUUCCAAAUAAAAGGGUUGGCCAAAUAUUUCAAAAAUCAGGUGGUGUGCAAACUAGAAAGGAAUGUACGACUGGAACCACUCGCAGAAAAAGGUCAAUAUUUGGUUUUGGAAAGGGUUCUGAUGACGCUGACUUUCCAUCUAGUCCAUUAGAGAUUGACUUUGAUAUUGUGUUGCUCAAUGGAGCAACGUUAACUCCAGGACAUCCCCUUGAUCUGCAGAUAAUUCUGGGUACAUCUAAUCCGAGCCAGUUCUUUAUGGAUAAUGGUGAGUCUAACCUCUUGGGUAGAGUUUGUUUCACGCACUUUGAGAUUGAGUUAGAAAGAGAUACUUUCUAUUCUGUGGGUCACAAGCAUAUAAAUCAUGCUAAUAAAGUUAAAGUAUUUGAGUCCAAGGAACUCAAUAUGUGGUUAGAUAUGGCUGAUGCACAACCAGUUUCAGAAACCGAAGCCAAACUGCGCAUUCCCACAGACUUUUUAGAGUCGGUUGUGGUGCCUAGACAUCUUCCUCCCACCUUUUAUUCGUGUAACAUUUACACAAAAUAUUCAUUACAUAUAACAGCACGAUUUGGUGACAGUGACCAUAGGCCAAAGAAAACAUUCGCAAUUUUUCCUAUCACACUUCUCUCAGGAAUCGAUCGGAGAAUGGGGCCUCCACCUCCUCCUCCUCAAGAUGGAAUACCGGUGGAAAUACCACCAACACCUUCAAAAGAAGCUAAAACUAGUGCGCCAGCGCCUGUCUAUAGUCCCCAGGAGCCCGAGCAAUUACCGUCCUAUCAAAGUGCGCUCACCGAUGCAACCACUGAAACACACGGACAAUCCAAUCACACGUAA